AUCUAGUCAGCGAUCGCUCACUCCCUCCAUCCCAGUUCUUGCCAGCAUCUCUUUAUUUAUCUCUGCUAUUGCUGUACCAUUUAAUCAGCUGUGACUUGUGCUUCCUGCAACAUCUGUAGCCCCAUUUACCCUCACCUUAACCCAGGAUCUGAGAGUGGAGAUGGGAUUUCCUGAGCUUUUAUCUGAGCAUUCUUUUUACCAGCUUGUUUUCCUUAUGUAACUACUGCCCAUAGGACCAGAAGAUAACACAGAAGAAGGGAUAUAUUGCCUUUACUCCAGUGAACUUUCUUAUCAAGGUUGAACAUAAAGAGAUAAGAAAAUGAGCAACAUUUAUGAAUCAGCAGCCAACACCCUUGGGAUUUUCAACAGUCCAUGUCUUACUAAGGUGGAACUGAGAGUAUCUUGCAAGGGGAUAUCAGAUAGGGACGCACUAUCCAAGCCAGACCCCUGUGUCAUCCUGAAAAUGCAGUCCCAUGGACAGUGGUUUGAGGUGGACAGAACAGAAGUGAUCAGAACAUGCAUCAACCCGAUUUUCUCAAAAAUUUUCACAGUUGAUUUUUAUUUUGAAGAGGUGCAACGCCUUCGUUUUGAAGUUCAUGACAUAAGCAGCAAUCAUAACGGUCUGAAAGAUGCAGACUUCCUCGGUGGCAUGGAAUGUACACUCGGGCAAAUCGUGUCACAGAGGAAGCUAGCAAAAUCCUUACUCAAGCAUGGAAACACAGCAGGAAAAUCAUCUAUAACGGUGAUUGCAGAGGAACUAUCUGGAAAUGAUGACUACGUAGAGCUUUCUUUCAGUGCACGGAAAUUGGAUGACAAGGAUUUUUUCAGCAAAUCUGACCCAUUCUUGGAAACCUUCAGAAUGAAUGAUGACGGCACACAGCAGCUUGUUCACAGAACAGAGGUUGUCAUGAACAAUUUGAACCCAGCAUGGAAAACAUUCAAAGUCUCGUUGAAUUCCCUCUGCAGUGGAGAUCAUGAGCGUAAACUAAAGUGUAUAGUGUGGGACUGGGACUCAAAUGGAAAACAUGAUUUUAUCGGUGAAUUCAGUUCAACAUUCAAGGAAAUGAGAGGUGCAAUGGAUGGAAGACAAGUGCAGUGGGAGUGCAUAAAUCCAAAAUACAGAGUAAAAAAGAAAAAUUAUAAGAAUUCCGGCAUUGUAAUUCUCAACCUGUGUAAGAUCCACAAAAUGCAUUCAUUCUUAGACUACAUAAUGGGCGGAUGCCAAAUACAGUUUACAGUAGCUAUCGAUUUUACAGCAUCUAACGGCGACCCUCGAAACAGCUGCUCCCUGCACUACAUCCACCCAUACCAGCCAAAUGAGUAUCUCAAAGCACUGGUUGCUGUUGGAGAAAUUUGCCAAGACUAUGACAGUGACAAGAUGUUCCCAGCAUUCGGUUUUGGUGCCAGAAUCCCUCCAGACUACAAGGUUUCACAUGAUUUUGCAAUAAACUUCAAUGAAGACAACCCAGAAUGUGCAGGAAUACAAGGAGUAGUAGAAGCCUAUCAGAACUGCCUCCCCAAGUUACAGCUAUAUGGGCCAACAAACAUUGCUCCCAUUAUUCAGAAAGUGGCCAAAUCUGCCUCUGAGGAGACGCACACAAUGGAAGCUACGCAAUAUUUUAUCCUUCUUAUCCUAACGGAUGGUGUGAUCACAGACAUGGCGGACACCAGGGAAGCCAUUGUUCACGCCUCUCAUCUACCCAUGUCAGUGAUCAUUGUUGGCGUUGGUAACGCGGAUUUUAGCGACAUGCAGAUGCUGGAUGGGGAUGACGGAAUCCUGAGAUCUCCAAAGGGAGAGCCGGUGCUCCGAGACAUUGUUCAGUUUGUGCCAUUCAGGAACUUUAAACACGCAUCGCCAGCUGCUCUUGCAAAAAGUGUUUUGGCUGAAGUUCCCAAUCAAGUUGUGGACUAUUACAAUGGCAAAGCGAUCAAACCAAAAUGCAUGUCGGAAUACGAGUCUUCCAGGACACUAGGACCAUGACAUUUUUCGCUCAUCUUUUAAAAGUUCUAUAAUACUAAUAAUCCUAAUAAAUAUAUAUAGCACGUUUUGGUGAUUUUUAACCUAACAAUAUAUAUUUUUUUCUUGCAUGUAUAGCUGGAGGCUUGGAUCAUUAUAGCAGUUGUAUUGUUAAAGACUUUUUAUGAAAAAAAAAAAUUACAGCAUGUCACCUUGAUAAAAAGGCAAACUGUAUCUUUUUUAUACCGAUUUGUUGACAAUUUGCUAAAUUUCUUAACAUAUUUACAUUGUAGAGCCUUUUAAACAUUUAUUAAAAGGACAUAGCCAACAAUAUGGGUUUUAUCUGCUGGGAAAAUAAGAGAAAGGAUUAUUACUUAUAAUUUUAGGGGGUUAAUGCUGGCAGAAACUUGGAUUGGAUUUUGCAUGUCAGAAUCACUAUUUUAUAGUCCUUCUAGUAAUUUAUCUAUUUGUUGCCAAAAGUGUUCAACUAUGACCUUUUGUAGAACAUGCACAACUCUGAAAAAUAAUUCAUCAGAACACUGAGGUUUCAAAUAAUUGUGACAUCAAGUCCAGUAGAUGUAGAUUUUUACAAUAUGCAUAUAUAUAAUUACUUCUGAAUUAAAUCAAACCAUGUUAUUGAAUAAGACCUACUUUUAAUGCACAUAUGGUAGCAAUAUAAUAUGUAGCACACUAAGAACCUGCCUCAUGGAUUUUACAGUCUUCAAACACAAGAGAUAACAUAGAUGUAAAUCAUCAACCAACAUUAUGAAUGGCUUCAGUUUUUAGAUAUACAUUUAAAAGAGCACUCUAAGAUAUAUAACUACAGUGACUCAAUGUAGUGGUUUUGCUGCUUAUAGUUCAUUGGCACCGUCCCUUGGUUUAAUAUUAAACCAAUUAAGAACUGUUUCAUAUAAGUCAAAGGUGGCCCUGGAGCUGAGGGACCACCACCAUAUAUCAGCAACAUUGAUGAUGUAGAAUUAUCACUUCUACAUUAUCAAUAACAAUCUUGUCCAAUAUGGGCAACAGUGUUUGGCUAAGAGACCUCGGCUAACAUGGGCCGAGCGCUUCAGUUAACCACUGUCACAUUAUCAAUAUGACUCAGAAGGUUCCAGGGGAUCUGUUUAUAUCAAGCCAUGUUUAAAUUGUUGAUGUUACAAUGAGAUGAGGAACCUGGACAGCUUAUUUUAAGUACUACAUCAAGCCAUAGUGGUUAUGUUGUUUAGAGUACCCCUUUAAAGAUAUGUAAAAAAAAAUCUGGAUCAUUUCUUCUGGUAUUUAUUAUCAAGAUUACCAACACAAUGAUACAUGAAAGUGCCAUCUUGAUUCUUCAGUCCAGUUUUGUUAUGUAUAAUGCUUGUGAAUGAUAGACAUGUCACCAUCCUUAAACAGGCAAGAUAGCAGCUCACAGCAUUUUGGUAAUCAUAUUUUUACAUAUCAAACAUUUGUAACUCCACUCAUCAAGAUUACUAGUAGCAGAUGCACUAUAUAUUUUAUAAUGCGUAAGUCAUUUUCUGGAGUAUGAUUUUACUUUGCUGUCUACAUCUAAAUAUAUAUUAUUAAUGCUCGUUUUUUAAACAAUAGUUUAAUUAUGUUUGUUUUAAUCAUAUGUGUAACAUUUGUGGCAAUGAACAUGCAAUCUGUUUUUGCCUACAAAAUCAAAAGUGUAUGAUUUCUUUAUAGUAUGUGCAAUUACAUAAACAAUAUGCUCCAUAAUUCUAAUUCCAAAUUUUUUUCUGGAGACCCACUGGCUAUUAGAAGGAAUGAGCCUGUUCGUUUCCAAAUGAGCAGAAAAUUACCCACAAAUAUUUCUAUUGCUAUUAUUGACCUUUAAGGUAUAAACCAUUUACCACCACUUUUUGUUCCAAAUAGAAACUUUGAAGUCUUUAAGAUCAGCAGUCCAGCACUAGGGUCAUUAACUUGCCAUAAUGUAUAAUGACUUGCUAUAAACAUUACACCCUUUAGUUAUCAUUGCAAUAAUUAGUGUUCAACAUAUAAACUUAAAAAAACAAUGGUUCACCAUUCAUAAGAAUGGCUUGAGAAAAAUACAUAUGUUUCUCAAGCUGUUAUGUGAUCGGGGAGCUACUGAUUUGCUUAAAGCAUCAGCUGACAUUCUAAGCACAUCAGUGGCACCCAUGUCUGUGGCAGUCCAAGGCGUCCUGCUUGGAGAAUUUGAGAGCAGUGGCAGGACAGGGGCAGAGCUAAACAGCGCUGGAGAGACGAUUUUGUAGUUAAACCGUUC